CAUUUAGCUAAUUUUAACCAAGUCCAGUCCAUUCAGUACUCAUCUUUGGAAGAGAAGGACAGGAAAGGUAUGCUGCAGCUGAACGUAGCAGGAGCUCCAGAGCCCCUCACUGUCACUACAGUAUCGCUGACUACUGCAGAAAACAUGGCCGACUUGAUUGACGGUUACUGUCGACUCGUCUUCUCAGUUACUCACUCGUUCAUUAUUCGAGUUCACAAAGAUGGUGACAGAGCGCUUCCUUCUUUACCAAAAGUUUUGAAUCAUGAAAAGCGGAUGGAAAAACGAAUGGAUGGAGUACGAACGCGAGCCGUUUGUGUGUCAGGUCACAUUAGUGGUGACGAAACAGACGAUUAUGCUGAGAUCAUAGAUGAGGAGGACACGUACACUAUGCCUUCAAAGUACUAUGGACUAGAUCAAGCACAAGAUUAUGAGAUACAACGGGAUCGAAUAGAGUUGGGACGUUGCAUUGGGGAGGGCCAGUUUGGAGAUGUCCACCAAGGAGUCUACAUCAGCCCAGACAAUCCAGCUCUGUCUGUCGCAGUGAAGACGUGCAAAAACUCAACGUCAGACAGCGUCAGGGAAAAAUUCCUACAGGAAGCAUUGACCAUGCGCCAGUUCGACCAUCCUCAUAUAGUGAAGCUGAUGGGAGUCAUCACAGAGAAUCCAGUGUGGAUCAUCAUGGAGCUCUGCACUCUUGGGGAGUUACGGUCGUUUCUCCAGGUUAGAAAGUACAGUUUAGAUCUGGCUUCUCUCAUCUUGUACUCUUAUCAGCUCAGCACAGCACUGGCAUAUCUGGAGAGUAAACGCUUUGUACACAGGGACAUUGCAGCAAGAAAUGUUUUGGUGUCUACAGUUGAUUGUGUAAAGUUGGGAGACUUUGGACUGUCUCGAUACAUGGAGGAUAGCUCGUAUUAUAAAGCAUCGAAAGGUAAAUUACCUAUCAAAUGGAUGGCUCCAGAAUCCAUCAACUUCAGACGAUUUACAUCAGCUAGCGAUGUCUGGAUGUUUGGCGUCUGCAUGUGGGAGAUUCUGAUGUAUGGCAUCAAACCCUUCCAGGGUGUGAAGAACAACGACGUUAUUGGCAGAAUUGAGAACGGCGAGCGGCUUGCCAUGCCCCCUCAGUGCCCUCCCACUCUCUACAGCUUGAUGACAAAAUGUUGGUCGUACGAUCCCAGCAAGAGGCCGCGCUUUAAUGAACUGAAAACACAACUAAGCCAAGUAGACCGGGCUAUCCCAGUCCCCGUUCCAGUGAGGGUUUCUAUCCAAGUUCGCAGCAUCCUGGACACUACCAGAUGGCAGGGUAUCCAGGUCCUUACACUCUUCCGUCUGUGCCCAGCGCCAUGUACCCACCACCAACUUCCAUGGUGGACACACACCAUGCACACACACACCCCCGCCACCAUGUACAUGCACACUCCCACAUACAGCAGCUUCCCCAGCCCCACGGAGCAGACAUGGCACUAUGGGAGAAACCAGACACGAGAAGUUCUAGAGGGAGUUUGGACAGAGAAGAAGGUGGACUCCAACCUCCGACAGGAAACCAGCACAUAUACCAGCCUGUUGGCAAACCAGAACAUGCAGCCCCUCCAAAAAAACCUCCUCGGCCCGGAGCCCAGAGCCAAGUAGGAGGUCUGGCUUGUCUGCACACCGGAGACAGUUACAACGAUGGAGUCAAGCCCUGGCGGCUGCAGCCUCAGGAGAUCAGCCCGCCUCCCACGGCCAAUCUGGACCGCUCAAACGACAAAGUUUAUGAGAAUGUGACGGGACUGGUGAAGGCUGUGAUUGAGAUGUCAAGUAAGAUUCAGCCAGCGCCUCCAGAGGAGUACGUACCCAUGGUCAAGGAUGUUGGUCUGGCACUAAGGACGUUAUUGGCCACAGUAGAUGAGACUCUACCUCAGCUCCCUUCCAGCACACACAGAGAGAUUGAGAUGGCACAAAAAUUAUUGAACUCUGACUUGGCGGAGCUGAUCGGGAAGAUGAAGUUAGCCCAACAAUAUGUGAUGACCAGUCUGCAGCAGGACUACAAGAAGCAGAUGCUGACAGCAGCUCAUGCUCUUGCUGUUGAUGCCAAGAACCUCUUAGAUGUCAUUGACCAAUCGCGGCUCAAGAUGAUGGCCCAUUCGCGCCCACACUAACCCUUCUCCGCCCACCAAGAGCUGAGGUGACCCAGUAAAGACACACAUCCACGGUUCCUGUUGGAGAGCUAAAGACACCUGGAUUGGUGACGUUAGUCCUGAAAGAUGGAGUUUUUGGAGAGAACAAUGGCUUCUUUGUUCUUAUCACAA